AUGACGGAGGUAGAAGUGAAAGAUAGGAGUAGUGAUGACCUGGUGAUGGAGAGCAAUUCCAUCAUAGCCAAACGCCUGUUUAAGCUUAUUUUAUUUGUUGCAGCUGUAACAGUUCCACGCAAUUUCCGCCUUUUGGAAGAGCUAGAAGACGGCCAGAAGGGAGCAAGUGAUGGGACAGUAAGUUGGGGACUUGAAGACGAUGAAGAUAUGACACUUACAAGGUGGACAGGAAUGAUUAUUGGACCUGCAAGAACAAUUUAUGAAAACCGAAUAUACAGCCUUAAAAUAGACUGUGGUCCUAGAUAUCCAGAGGUAGCUCCACAUGUUAGAUUUGUAACAAAAAUAAAUAUGAAUGGAGUAAAUAGUUCCAAUGGAACGGUGGAUCCAAAAAGCAUAUCAGUCCUAGCUAAAUGGCAGAAUUCAUAUAGUAUCAAAGCUGUUCUGACGGAACUUCGGCGUCAAAUGAUGUGUAAAGAAAAUGGAAAACUCGCUCAGCCCCCAGAAGGACAAAGUUACAGCAAUUAAUCUGGAAUUUAACCCCUCUCUAUUCAAGCUUACUUCAUUCUCCACUGUAGUAUUUUUUUCUAGACGCAUCUUGUAGAUCUCAAAGUACUGGAAAAAGAAUAAUUCCCAUUAAAAAGCAAUUAAUCUUAAUACUGUAAAUGUAUUCCAAUACUAAUUGUUUUUGUUGGACAAAAGUUGUAUGAUAACACAAAUAAUCUUGCGCGUAACCACUGUCUACACAGUAGAAUCUUUGUUGUCAGGAAUUAUCUAUUGAAAUUAGUACUGUUGAGACCAGUGUGGCACAUUUAGCUAAAGCUGUGAAUAUGCACAUCACACAGACACUUGCUGCAGGUUUGGCCUUUAAAUUAUUGUCCCUUCGCAAUAGUAUUAAAGCUCAGGGCUAUUUAUUAGAGUCUAAACACAAAGGAUGGAAUGAUCAGUGCAGUAUUGUUUUCUGGUCUUCAUCUGCCAAUGGGGUUUAUCUUGCUUUCAGAGCCAACUUUUCCUUUGUGCUGUCUCUAGUAAAUGCUGAACACGGCUGAUGUAUUUUGGACCACUAACCUUAGUUUGCUGUAAUGUGGAUGCAAGCUACAUGUAUAACUAUUUGGUGUGUCCAGGACUUUUUUGACAUUCAUGUUUGUACAAAGCCACAUUUUAAAGCAGCGGGUAUCACCACAACUCUUAAACAACCAUUGUUUCCAUUAAAAGCCUAUUUUGUUGAAAAAUGUUUAAGAUAUUAGAUGUAUGGAUAUAACAGUCUCAGAAAUUAAAGAAUUUAACAUAACUUAAUGGUAUUCUAUUAAUAGCCUUUUAUUGUGUCAGCCUGAUUAUGAAAUAUUAAAAUUGUGCAUUAUGGGUAAUACAUGGAUUAUAUUUAAGCUAAAUUGUAAAUACAAUAGCUUUGACCGCACUUAAAAUAUAAAAGUGCAUAUAAAAUGCAGGUUAGAAAAAACAUUCUCUUUAUAAAUUUGUCAUAAGCUUUUACAUGUACAUCAGUGGACUGAAUACUAGUGUCUUGUAAUACACUUGUGGCAGUUGUACUAGAAAUUAUUUUUUGGAUAUGUUUGGCUGUUUUCUAUGUAUUGGAAGUUUAUCUACAGUAGCCACAGAUACGAGUAUUCUUAUAGAACAAGACAAUAUAGUGCGUUCGAACAAUUUUUGUGUAACUCUGGGACUUCAAUCCAACAGAUAGGCUAAGACUCUGUUACAGUGGUUCAAUGUAAAAUGGUUCUGUAAAAUCACAAUCUGCUACUCAGUGGGCAUGAAUCCACAACCUAAGCUGCUUUUGGUUAGGUACUAAUUGGUAAUCUCCCUUAAAAAGGUCAAGGGCAGAAAUUGCAAAUGUUGCAAUAUUACAUCAAAGUAUACUUCUAAAAUUGGGUUACAGCAUAUUAUCUUUUUUCAUUUUCCUUGGAUUCAGCAUUACGAGCAGCUCUUGGUGAUCCAUAAAUUUCCUUUGGUAUUGAUUGAAUUUUCUGUCCCAUAUCUAGGUAAAUGAACUGAAUCCUUGUGGUGCACUCCAGCUACCAAAACGUUGUGCUAUCAAAACUCUACAAAUGGAAAUUGACGUGUGCUCGUGUUAGACAGGUUUGGGCUUUGGGCUAGCAAUGAGUUCUAAUUGCCUGGGAUGGGAGUGACUAAUAAAUAGUGACAGUGAAAUCUA